GCCAUUACAGCAUCUCCUCUCAGUGACCGGCUCCCCUCAGGGAAAGCCGCAGAAAGCAGAGUCUGAGCGCCGCUACAAAGCACACACCAACGAGCGUUCAAUCAGCGAUCGCUAUAAAAUGGGCGGGGCUGGGGGCGUGUCGGCUGCUCCCCCGCAGCAGUAUGUAGUCGCAGAGGUGCUGUGUAUUCUGAAAGCCCAACGAUUGAGGAUUUGAAACUUGGAGCUGCAGUUCCCUCCCCACUGGGAAAGGGAAAUAUAGUGAGGCUACAGCCAAGUGGGACAAGCAAAAGGCAAACUGCACACAGGGGACAAGGGAGGCGUCUGAUAUCCGUUCUGUAAGGGGGAUCUGAUUACAGGGGAGAUAAGGCUUUGCUGGAAUCAUUCUGGAAAGGAUCGCUGGGGGAUAUCCACUGAUUGCUACUUGGCCACGCUGAACUGCUCCAUGCCUUUAUCAUGUAACUGAGAUGGAGGUAACAAGUUUUGUCCCACCUGCAUUUUAUAAUGGAUCUGAAGAGAGCGGCCCACCCCAGCUAAAGGUCUGGCCUUACACUGCACUGGAGUGCACCCUAAUCAUUAUAGCAGUCGUGUCCAUCAUCUUGUCUACGGUACUUGGAAACAUUCUGGUUGUUUUGGCAAUAUUUACAAGCCAGGCCCUGCGGGCCCCACAGAACUUGUUUUUGGUUUCACUAGCUUCUGCUGACGUCCUGGUGGGGGCGCUGAUCCUCCCAUUUUCUCUGGCCAGAGAGGUUAUGGGUUAUUGGCACUUUGGAAGUGUAUGGUGUAGCAUGUACCUGGCUUUGGAUAUCUUAUUCUGCACAUCUUCCAUUGUCCACCUGUGUGCCAUCAGUAUUGACCGAUAUUGGUCCGUGACAAAAGCGGUCAAGUACAAUCUGAAGCGUACGCCCAAGAGGAUCAAGAGGAGCAUUGCAAUCAUAUGGGUGGUGUCGGCCAUCAUUUCUUUCCCACCACUUCUCAAGUCUAAGCACAAGGAUUGGGAGUGCCUCCUAAACGACGACACAUGGUAUGUCCUGUUUUCAUGCACUGUGUCUUUCUUUGUUCCGUGUCUUAUCAUGAUCUUGCUCUACUGUCGAAUCUACCGUGUAGCCAAACACCGCGUGUCUAGUCUUAGGAACGGCGUUUCCGACUGCACCAGUGCAACACCAGGCACUUGCGAAACCCACCAUAACAUCCCAAACAACCACGAAGCAGAGGAACUGGAUUUAGAAGAAAGCCCUUCUUCUCUUCAUAAGUUUCCAAAGGAACAUCAUGACAAAAAGAAAGAUAAACCCAACAGUGCCAAAGCAAAAAGGCUUUCGUGGACCUCAAACCGUGGGCAGCAACACAGCGACCCGUCGAUUUGCAUCUCCCAGAUGCGCCUGACCCAGCUCCGAGAGAAGAGGCUGACGUUUGUGUUAGCUGUGGUCAUUGGUGGCUUUGUUAUCUGCUGGUUUCCAUUUUUCUUUACUUACAGUCUUGAGUCUGUUUGCAGAAAAAGAUGUGGGAUCUCAGAUGCCCUUUUCAACUUCUUCUUCUGGAUUGGCUACUGUAACAGCAGCCUGAAUCCCAUCAUAUACACAGUCUUCAACAGGGAUUUCCGCAAAGCAUUCCGAAGAAUCCUCACUCAUGGUUCCAAAAGGACUACAUGAGAAAAGGCAGAAAUUUAUUUUGGGGCCAAACAGAGUCACCUGUUUACUCCCUCUUUGAAUAUGAUAUAAUAAAAAAAGGGUUUUUUUAUUCAACAAGAAUUUUAAACAAGUGACCAAAUUAAUAUAGGUCAAAAAAAAAAAAGAGCAACAAGAUUUAUGUUUUGGGAUCAUGGAUAGACUUGCUUAUUUGGAAAUAAGAACUAAACCUCAUGUGGAUACAUCUGGAACACACACUGGGAGCAAAGGUGGGAAUAUUCCUUUUGCUCAAUGUGAAAUAGUCCCUUUCUGAAAUAAAAACGUGACUGUCGGAAAUAUGAGGAAUUUGUCCAGGAUCUCUAGGGGCAAGAGCUUUGCCAAAAAAACAUUGCUGAGCCAUUGUAGUCCCAAACAGUCUGAAAGAAGAUUGAAAGCCUACCUGCUGCUUAAUUAAGGCUAAAAGUUUCGAUUGGCUUUUUUAACGUUUCAUACAGUGUAGAGCUUGUCCAUGACUUCUGUUUUCCGUAGUAGCUGUAAGCAAGAAUUGCUGUUUCACUGCUUAGUUAUUAAUGCAUGCUUUGUGAAUUGAGCACACAUCAUUGGCAGGAUACAUGUAUUUACUAUAUGUUAUAUAUUUUAUAUAAAGAUCUGCUGUCGUUUUUCAA